AUGACGACCGCUGAUUUACAUUUUGGUUUUGGAAAGCUGGUGCUUUCUGGAGAUACGAUUGUUAUUCGUGAUCGAGCUGUAGAUGGCCCCCCAGCAUCACGAGUUGUUGUGCUCUCGAACAUCUCUUGUCCCAAGGUUGCAAAGCGUCUUAGCCCCGGUGAAUAUACCUCUGAUGAGCCAUUUGCCUGGCAAGCUCGUGAACUUGUUCGCUCGAAAGUCAUCGGCAGAGAGGUUUACUACACAGUAGACAAUGGCGAGCUAAUUGAACGUGUCUUUGGUAGUAUCUUCAUUAAAGAUGACGGCAAUUUGGUGAAUCUUGCCCAUCUACUUGUUGAAGAAGGGCUUGCCCGUGUAAGACGCAACAUGAGCCCUGCGAUGCUCGAGAGGGGCAAAGUAAAGGAUCUUAUUACUCUUGAAGAAGCUGCACAGUUGAAUAAAAAGGGUAUUUGGUCCGAUUCAUCUGAUGGAGCACCUCGCAAAAUCUGUUGGAACAUACCUGACUCCGCUGAAUUUUUCAAUAAAUUCGGGAAGAAGCAUCUGAGGGGUGUAGUUGAAUAUGUUCGAGAUGGCAGCUCAAUGCAAAUUAUGCUCUUCCCAAUUAAUGGUGACCCUGAAGGUGCUUAUUAUUGUAUCCUGUUGCUUCUUUCGGGUAUUAAAACACCGGGUUCCAAGGGUAGUGCGGGAGAUCGUAUCAAUGAGCCCUUUGCUACUGAGUCCCAAUUUUUUGUUGAGUCGCGGCUGCUCCAGCGUGAAGUAACAGUCAUUUUGGAGUCGGUAAUGAAUAACAACUUCGUUGGAAGUGUCCUACAUCCAAAUGGCAAUAUUGCUCUAUGUCUACUUGAGGAAGGUCUUGCUAAAUGCUUGGAAUGGAACUUGGGUAUAGUUAGUAAGGAAGCUGGUGGUAUGGAAGAGUAUAAGAAAAGAGAACAAAUUGCCAAGAAAAACAGGCGUCUGAUUUGGAGGGAUUUCAAUCCGCCUCAGGUUGCAAAAGGCCAAUCCGGUAAGGAAGGUAAAGCCGAAAAUGAUUCAGCUACUUCCAAUGGGCAGACCGAAUAUUCAGGAACUGUUGUUGAGGUUGGAAAUGGUGAUAAUGUUCUUGUGCGUUGCCAAGAUGGUCAGAUUAGAAAGUUCUUUCUUUCUAGUAUUAGACCUCCUAGGCCUCUAGGUGCUGCUGAAGGUACAAAGCCUCAACAACAACAGGGGCAAUUUAGGCCACUUUAUCAAGUUCCUUGGAUGUACGACGCUCGAGAAUUUCUUCGUAAACGUCUCAUUGGUAAAAACGUGAGAGUUUUUGUUGAUUACAUUCAACCAAAACCUGAGGGUUCCAAUUUGAGUGAACGUGUUUAUGCAACCAUUAUUGAUAACGCAAAUGUUGCUGAAGCGCUUGUAACUCGUGGCCUCGCAACCGUGGUUCGUUAUCGCAAUCAGGCUGAUUCGAGGGCCAGAGAUUACGACGCGCUUUUGAGGGCCGAAGCAACAGCUGAGCAGCGACAAGUCGGUCUGUUUGAUAAGAAAAAGAAAGAACCAAGGGUGCACAAGGUUAUCGAAAUUGGUGAAACCGUCAAACCACAAUCUUACACUCAUACUCUACAAAGGCGAGAAAAUGUUGACGCUUUGGUAGAAUAUGUACUCUCUGUCUCAAAACUUCGAGUGGAGAUCACAGUGGAAAGCCUUCUUUGUUCGAUUUCGCCUUUUGGAAUUGAUAUUCCGUAUGCCAGGAAGGCAUCAAAUCAGCCUAACCCAGAGGAAGACGCCUUUGCGGAUGAAGCGAAGCAAUUCGUUCAUGAUUUGGUCAUGCAUCGAAACGUCACCUUUACAAUGACCUCUAUCAAUAAGCAGGGUACAUUCAUUGGCCAUAUCGGACUCCGUUCGGAAGUAAAAGUCAGCCUCGCUGGUGAUAAGAGAACGAAGAAAGGUGGAAAAUUUAUCUCAAGUAAAAAUCUAAGUGAGGUUCUUGUUGCAAAAGGCUAUGCCACGGUUAGCCGCUAUGUGACCAAUUGGGAGCCAAGCUUUUAUCGCAAACUUGUGGAUGCUGAGGAAUUUGCUAGGCAGCAUAAUCUUGGAAUGUGGUCAUCCAGUACCAUCUUAGCUAAGUGGUCCGAGGGAGUGCUUGCUAAUCAGCAAAAGGAAGUGGAACAAGAAACUCAACAAUCUGAUGGUCUAAUGUUUGUUAGAGACCUUCAGGACGCAUUACCGGAUGAAGCAAUUCUUAAUAAAGCUAAAGCUGAUCGUCAAGCUACUGGUUUUAUGGCGAAAGCUAUCUGGAGAGAAGAUGGUCAGCUGAUUGACCCACCAACUGGCAAGAAUUCGGGAGUUAGAUUCUUUGUGUAUAAGGGAGAUGCGAUUAGCAAACUGAACACUCUUCUAGCACCUCUCAAUUCUCAAGGUUUCCCUAGUCCCGAGGCUGUUUCCAACUUCCAACCUCGAAGGGGUAUGGUUUGUGCCGUAAUGUCUCCACUUAGACGUUGUUGGUGUCGAUCUCGCAUACUUCGUUUGGACCCUAAGUCCUUCACUGUCCUUCUAAUUGACUAUGGUUAUGAAGAGACGAUAAAUAAGAGUGUUGCACAGUUUGCCAGUUUACCUGACAAUCUUAAAAGCGCUCCAGCUCUGGCAACUGAAUAUCGUCUUGCUUACGUUCAGCUACCUAUUGACUCUGAUGAUAGAGUUGCGGCACUUAACCUUCUUCGUGAAAAGACACGGAAUGCUGACAUUCGCUUAUUCCCUACUAAUAAAGGUGUGCCAACGCCCUGUGGUGCUGAUGACAAGCGCCCGGUUCCAAGCGUGAUAGUACAUGUGUACCAAAAUAAGGCUGGUUCUAGUCAAGUUGCCGGUGGGGAUGUCGAAGAUGUUGCUGAAUUUAUGCUUGCGAACGGAUUUGUCUACAUGGAGAACGUCCGCAUGCCUCCAGAUCUUUGCGUAAGUUACUCAGAGGCUGAGGAACUAGCGAGGAAGAAGCGUUAUUUAAUUUGGCACUAUGGAGAUUUCCGUGGUGACGACGACGAAUAA